ACUGACCGACAACAACAUAAAGGUCGAAGGUCAUGCAUGCUUGUUUAGUCGAGUGCGCACGUACGCUGUUUACAUGAUUCAUUGAUUGAUAAAUGACAGGCUGAACAUGACCGCUGGCAAACACUAAACUGGAUUUCUGACUGUCUGUGUCAUGUGUGUUCAGAGACCUGGAAGGCUGCCCUAGCAUUAGAAGGACAUUAAUGAUGUCUCGCUCCCGGAUUGGGUUUUGUGCAACUUGUUUCGGCUUGCACAUAAAUCGACUUGGCAACAUCGCAAAAACUGGCAACUUUAGUACUUUGUCUUUGAUCAGACGACUGUUCAGGUCUUCAUCGGCAUCAUCAAACUCGCCGGACACGGAGCAGCCAAGAAGAGGGGGCGGUACUGAGUAUGGAGGGGAGGGUGUCCCCUUCAGGCCAAAGAGAGCAUUAGUGGUGUCGAAACUGUCGCGAUAUUCAUUCGAAAGGAAACGAUUUCAUGAUCUUGAGGAAGAGGGUUUGAAACAAUUGCUCCUACAGAGAGGGUCACAUUAUGACAUGUAUUUGGAGAAGCACAAAAUUCACGUAUCUAACGUCAAGAAAGUUGUGGACACCCUACGGUCGCAGAACAUAGAAGUCAGACAAGCCCAGUGGUUUGAUCAGAACCUGAACCAGGAGGCCGUACGAUGGGCCGACGUCAUCAUCGCAGCCGGAGGAGACGGCACUUUCAUCAUGGCGGCCGGUAAAGUGACGGACGACACGCCCGUGCUUGGAGUCAACACAGAUCCCAGUAGGUCUGCCGGCUACCUCUGCCUCUCAGAGAAGAACUCUCUGCAGUUUGACGAAGCCCUGAGGAAAAUAAUGGAAGGAAAUUUCAGGUGGAAGUGGCGACAGCGAAUCCGCACCACCGUCGAGAGCGGUCUGAUCAACGCUGAACCCAUUGAUAUCCAUGAGCAACAGCUAAGGUUACCAGACCAUCAGUACGAGCACUGGAAUAGGGAACAGCGGAUGCGGCAGGGGUUAGAGAAGAGAGUGGAACCAGGGCCCACCGUACUGCCGGUCAGGGCACUCAAUGAGGUCUUUAUCGGUGAAUCACUCUCAUCGACUGUGUCGUAUUAUGAGAUAUCUGUGGAUGGAAGCCCCAUGGUUAAGCAGAAGAGCUCAGGAAUCACUAUCUGCACUGGCACAGGCUCUACAUCCUGGUCCUUUAAUAUAAACAAGUUGUCGCACCAGGGUGUCAGCGAACUGUUAAAUAUAAUCAAUGAAGAGUCUGAUGUGGACAUACCAAUCACACAAGAUCUCCUAGAGAGAAUUGCCUCCAAGUUCAAUAGCUCGCUGCUCUUUGACGCCAGCGUGCCUACCCUUGCCUACACGGUCCGCGACCCAGUCGUCAACGGGGUCUUCAAUGCUAACUUACCAAGGGGAUUUGCCAAGAAGAUCCGUCUACGGUCGCGUGGUUGGGAUGCCUGCCUAGUCAUGGACAGCGGGUCGUCGUUUGUCUUCAACGACGGCGCAAUAGCAACUCUGGAGAUCACCGAAGAUGAUGCUUUGAGAACAUUUGAACUAGAUUAGGCUCUUCUGUAGGCUUGCCCCACGACAACGUUUUCUGAAUCGAUUACGAAUCUUUCCAAAAAGUCACAAAUGUUUAGGAUGAAGUCAAAAUUUUUCCAACAGUACAAGGGGAACUACUUAAAGCUAUAGUCCAUCAUUUGCAGCCGGCCGAAAAGUAACUGGCAUAAUUAUUGUUGAAAAACAUA